UAUAUGCUUUGAACACUAAAAAUGAUGAACAUGAAGCAGCUAUCCAAGCCCUUAAGGAUGCUCAUGAAGAAGAAAUCCAACAAAUUCUUGCAGAGACCAGAGAGAAGAUCUUGCAGUAUAAAAGUAAAGUGGCGGAAGAAAUGGAUCUCAAGAGAAAGAUUCAGGUUUUGGAAGAGUCACUGGAAGAUCACAAAAAGAUGAAACAUCAGGCCUUGACAGAAUUUGAAGCAUAUAAGGAUAGAGUUGAAGAUAUGCAGCUUUGUGCAGAAGCUCAGCAUGUCCAACGUGUAGUGACCAUGUCAAGGGAAGUAGAAGAGAUCAGAAAGAAAUUUGAGGAAAGGCUACGAAGUUUCAUACAGUUACAAGUACAGUAUGAGAAGGACAAGCGUACAGCUCUGGAAGACUUAAAAGCUGCCCACAGGCUUGAAAUUCAAGAACUUCUGAAGACUCAUCAGAGUCAGAAUGCUACUUUAAGUAAGGGGCAAGAGAAGCUGGAGGAAUUGCAUAGACUGGAGCUGGAAGACUUGAACAGUAAAGUCGAAGAGUUAAGGCUGGAAAAAAAAAAGCUCACUGAGGACUAUGAAGGCAAACUCAGCAAAGCACAGUCCUUCUAUGAACAUGAACUUGACUCUUUGAAAAGAUCUCAGCUUUUUACAGCAGAAAGUCUACAUGCUUGCAAAGAGAAAGAAGUGGAGCUAAGAAAAGAAUUUCAGAACCAGGAAAGUAUGUUACGGAAGAAUCUGGGGAAGCUUAAAACUGAAUUGCAAAUGGUCCAGGAUGAAGCUGCCAGUCUACGGGAAAAAUGCCAAAAACUUCAGGUGGCUCUUGGUACAGCAGAAAACAAUGUUCAGGUUCUUCAAAAACAGCUGGAUGAUGUGAAGGAGGAGGAGAUGUCAUUGUUAAGCAAACACAAAGAAGUGGAAAGUGAGCUUGCAGCUGCUAGAGAGCGCUUACAGCAGCAGGCCACUGAUCUUGUUCUCAAAGCCAGUCACAUUGGAAUGCUUCAAGCUACUCAAAUGACUCAAGAAGUUACAAUCAGAGACUUGGAAUCAGAAAAGUCUAGAUUAAAGGAAAAAUUGUCCCAGCUCGAAGAGGAAAGAAAUUUAUUGCAAAGCAAAACACAGAGUCUGGAUGAGCGACAAAGACAGCAAAUUCUGGCAUUGGAGAAGAAAGUAAAUGAAGCACGGGAAACACAACGUGAAUAUUAUGAGAAGGAGCUGGUGAAAUUACAAGCAAGAUUGGAAGGAGAGGCUGCACAGUUAAAGGAGGCUCAUUCCAAGACCUUAGAAGAAUUGGCAUGGAAACACCAUACUGCGAUUGAGGCUGCACACAGUAAUGCUAAUAAGGAUAAGAAGAAACUGCAGAUGGAAUUGGAGCAGCAGUUUGAGAAGGAGAAACUGCAUUUGGAGGAUGAUAAGAAUCAGCUCCGACAGCAGCUGGAAAACGUGAAGGAAGAGCUGACAACGAAGCUGACUUCUGCCAAUCAGGAGGUGUGUCGUCUGCAAGAUCUGGUACGAAAAAGUGAGCAAGGCCUUGGGACUGCAGAAGGACACAUCUCCAGUCUUCAAGAAGCUCAGGAAAUACUCCAGAAAGAACUAGAAUUAACUAGAGCAAGACUGCGAGAGACCACAGAUUCACUGUAUAGUGUUGAGGGAGAGCUAGAUCAGGAGAGACAACAGCAUGAGGCAAUGAUUGCUGCCAUGAGAGAGGAGGAAAAGUUCAAAGUUGACAGAAUGGCACGUGACUUGGAAAUAAAAUGGACAGAAAAUCUUCGACAGGAAUGUAAUAAGCUUCGUGAAGAGCUGAGGCUGCAGCAUGAAGAGGACAAGAAGGCAGCCAUGACUCAGCUGUUGCAGCUGAAAGAACGUGAAAAAAAUGCAGCAAGGGAUGGAUGGCAAAAAAAGGUCGAAGAUCUUUUAGACCAGAUCUCCUUACUGAAGCAGAAUCUGGAGAUGCAGCUUUCCCAGUCACAGAGCUCUUUGCAACAGCUACAAGCCCAGUUCAGUCAGGAGCGACAGAGGCUGACUCAGGAGAUCCAGGAAUUAGAAGAAGAGCAUCAGCAAAGGCAUAAGUCACUUCAGGAAGCCCAUAUCCUUGCCUUUCAAAACAUGGAAGAAACAAAAGAGCAAGAACAAAAGGAAUUAGAAGAACGUUUACAACAGAAGCACUCAGAAGAACUUCAUGCACUGAAAGAAACACAUAAACAAGCCAUGGAAGGCUUUAAAUUGGAGAUGGAACAGGAACUUCAGACUCUGCGAUUUGAGCUGGAGGAUGAAGGAAAAGCUAUGUUAGCUUCCUUGCGCUCAGAGCUCAACCACCAACAUGCAGCAGCAAUUGACCAGCUGAGGCACAACCAUCAACAAGAACUGGUAGCUGCCAAAAUGGAGCUUGAAAGAAGCAUAGAACUCGGCAGGCGACAGGAAAAAGAAUUUUUAUGCCGAAUAUCAGAUCUACAAGAUGAACUGAGACACCGAGACCAUCACAUAGCUGAACUGGACAAAGAGAUUCUGCAUCUUCAUGAAAAUAUAAGUGCAUUGACAAAGGAAUUAGAGUUUAAAGGGAAAGAAAUUCUUAGAAUACACAGUGAAUCCAACCAACAGAUCAGGAUGCAUGAGCAAGAUUUAAGCAAGAAACAUGAGAAAGAGCUGGAUGUCUUGACAGCAGAUCACAUCAGAGAGAAACAAAGCAUGCUGGCAGAUUUUAAUAAGACCCAAGAGCUGCUCAAGGAAAUUAAUUCAGCUUUACAAAUUUCUUUAGAAGAAAUGGAAGAAAAAUAUAAAAACAGAGAAUCAAGACCAGAAGACUUGCAGCUUAUCUCAGAACUGAAAGACCUAAUUGCAGAGCGGGACCAACUCAUAAAGAAAUUGAUUGACGACAAAAAGUUCUAUCAGCUGGAACUAGUAAACAGGGAGACUAACUACAACAAAAUGUUUAAUGCAAGCCCUAAUGUUGGUGUUAUUAAUCCAUUGGUGAAGCAAAAGAAGAAGAACGAUAAAUCAACAAACAGGUUUGUGAGUGUCCCCAAUCUAAGUGCUCUGGAAUCUAGCGGAGUGGUGGGCAAUGGACAUCCAAACCGCCUGGACCCCAUUCCUAACUCACCCAUCCACGAUAUUGAGUUCAACAGCAGCAAACCACUACCACAGCCAAUGCCACCCAAAGAGCCCAAGACGUUUUUGAGCCCUCCUCAGACUGAUGCCUCACCAGUGGCUUCACCAGACCCACAACGCCAGGAGUGGUUUGCCCGAUACUUUACGUUCUGAGAGAUGAUUUGUUUUUGUGGCACAGCGUGAUGUGGACUGUUUGUAAGAGCAUGACCUUAAGUAAACCCUCAUGUGAACAAGCUUUCCUGUAAUUUGUCAAACACUGUGAAUGAGAAAGUAUUUGUCUUUCUGAUUUGAAACUGCACUGUAUUUCAUGUUAUUUGUUGGA